AUGAAGUUUGUACUAGGACUCGCGCUUUUCAGCGCGUCGUUAGUCUCUGCUGCUGUUCUACCUCAAAUUGAUGCACGUGCAGACCUCCCUUCUCCUCAAUGCGUGGACGCCAUCAAAAACGUUGGAAUGUAUCAUGAAAUUUACGACGCCUCUUGCACACAAUUGGUCUGGGACUGUCUCGCAAAGGUCAAUGGAACUGAAGGCGAAACUAUCUAUCUGUGGAGCAAGACGAGCUGCGCCACUGCUGCUACCUGUCAAGGCACCAAUCUUCUCGUAGAAUUGGCGCAAUGUUACAACACCGGCGUCGGCAAUGCGAAAUAUAUGCAAACAUCGUUGGUGACUGCGCCUGGCAAGAAGGCGGGUGCCCUAUUACCUUCCAGAACUACAGUCGACUGGUUUUACGGCGCCCUCUCAGCUGUUAAUGCCACUAUAUGGCCUGACUUUGCCAACGUAGAAGCAAACUGGGGUUACAUUCUUGACUGGACACUGACUGGGGACACUCUUCCAUAUACCAAUUUCGAUGAUUGGCUUCACUAUUCCAACAGCUAA